GUUGAUUCUCCCUCGCAUCCCUCCACUCUCCGCUCGCACCCCCUCUGCCCGUACCUUCUCGUCUAGACCGGGAUUCAGACCAUUCGUUGCGUUAGUUGCCUCCCAGCGCUCGCACGGGAAGGGUAUCGCUGUUUCUCGCUUCGCUCGCUAGGCGCGAAUUUUGAAUGUUACGUGCGUGACUUUCAAUUUUAGAAAUUGGAUUAUUGUGAGAUCAUUUGUGUAAAAGUGACUUUGACGGAACUUGGUGUAUUAUGAUGGAUCUUUGUGUGUCAUGAGCGAAGUAGAAGAGAAUGAAGCGAGCCCUCCAGGAGCACCUCACGUCUGUCUGAAGACGUGGCACUAGACAGCAAUAUGAACACCCGGGCUGUUCUGACGUCCCUGCUGGUCGUCUUUUGUUUUUACACAGGUCCAGUAAAUUGUGGGCUAAGUGACGACUAUGGGAGCAGCGGAGAAGCACCAUACGUCAUCGAACAGCCUUUGGACGUCACGGUGGCUCGUCACCAGCCGGCCACUCUCAACUGCCGUGCUGGAGGCUCACCUCCGCCUAACAUAAAAUGGUACAAAGGAGGCGUGCUGGUAGUCUCCGACACCCACCGUAGUCUGCUGCCUGCAGGUGGUCUGUUCUUCUUAAGAGCGACGCACGGUAGAGCUCACUCAGAUGCAGGGGUUUAUUGGUGUGAAGCAACGAAUUCAUACGGAACAGCUAGGAGUAGAAAUGCAACGUUACAUGUAGCAGUGCUACGUGAGGACUUUAGACUAGAGCCAGUGUCAACACAAACUGCGCAAGGUGAAACUGUAAUAUUGGAAUGUUCGCCGCCACGAGGAUCGCCCGAACCGACUAUUUACUGGAAGAAAAACGGCCAGGCCCUGCAUUUUGAUGGCGAUUCCAGAAUGCAUUUAGUCGAUGGUGGUAGUCUAGUUAUACAAGACGCGCGGCAAACUGAUGCCGGCAGAUAUCAGUGUAUAGCUCGGAAUCCAGCGGGGACAAGGGAAUCGACUGUUGCUACGCUACGAAUCCACAUUAAGCCGUACUUAAUAACGGGCCCCGAGGACGUGGUGGCGCAGACCGGCGGCAGCGUGACGUUCCAAUGCCGAGUGGGCGGCGACCCCCUCCCGGAUGUGCUGUGGCGGAGGACGGCCGGAGGAGGCAACAUGCCACUCGGCCGCGUCAAAGUUCUAGACGACAGGAGCCUUAGGCUCGAUAACGUUAUUUUAGAAGACGAAGGAGAGUACAGUUGCGAGGCCGAGAACUCAGUCGGCGCCGUAAGUGCCACAGGGUACUUGACUGUAUACGAUCCACCUACAAUAUCGCUUAAGCCAAACUCCGUAACAGUAGAAAAUAGUGCAGCCGCUACAUUUACUUGUACGGCCUCAGGACGCCCUGAACCGACAAUGUUCUGGAGUUUAGAGGGAAACAGGACAAUAAUACUACCCGGCACGUCGAAGGGCAAAUACCAUGCCACGCCGGUUAUUGACGGCGUCACUACAUUGACUGUAAAUGAAACAACCAAAAACAACAGCGGUAUCACAGUAGUUUGCUCGGCGGUGAAUUUUGCCGGCAGUUCGUUUGUCAGAGGAAAAUUAACAGUUACGUCAGACGAUGACCGCCCACCUCCAAUCAUAACAAACGGGCCCUCUAACCAAACGUUACCUAUAAAAUCGAUGGCAGUUUUCCCCUGCACAGCCGUCGGCACACCUGAACCAAUCAUAGCCUGGUAUUUCGGAGGGGAAGCGCUAAUACAAAACCAAAGAAGGAAUGUGUCUAAUGACGGGACUUUAAUAUUAAGAGAUUUAGAUAAAAGCGACAGCGGCACGUACACUUGCGUCGCCUCCUCGCAUCACGGAAAAUAUGUAUGGAGCGGCGUUUUGCUAGUAGAUAGUCCAAUAAACCCGAAUAUACAUUUCUUUCGGGCGGCAGACGUAUCGUCACUACCCGGCCCACCCACAAAACCGCAGAUACACAACAUAACGGAAAAUACUGUCACAAUAUCUUGGAAUCAAAAUAACAAAAUUGGGUCGUCAUCCAUACUCGGAUACCAAGUGGAAGUGUUUUCGAGAGAAACUCUUUCCGGAAAUAGCACACCUAGGAAUUCUCGGGGUUGGGUAGUGUUGGCAAAGAAAAUACAACAAACGCAGUAUGUAGCUAGGUCUUUGGUUUCUGGCGUUACCUACAUGUUUAUAGUGAGAGCGGAAAACUCGCACGGCUUAUCCGGACCGAGCCCGGUCUCCGAUCCUGUAAUAGUGGGCGAAAGUGGCAAUGCCCUAUGGGAAAACGGAGUGUUCUCCAAUAAUACCGGAUUUAGAAAUAACAUCAUGACUGAUAACAUCGUAGAACUAAUCGAAGCAACGCCCAUUGACUCGAAAACUAUUAAGUUAAUGUGGGAAAUUUUAAAUUUCUAUUAUUUAGAGGGAUUAUUUAUAUACUACAGACCUCUUGAUAAUGCAACAACAGAAUAUCAAAUGAAGACUAUCUUACAUUCAAACGACGUAUCUGGGUAUGAAAUAACCUUUUUAAGGAAAUAUACAAAAUAUGAGUUUUUCCUUAUUCCGUUUUAUAAGAAAUUCGAAGGAAAACCUUCCAAUUCUAGGAUUGCUCAAACGCUGGAUGAUGUGCCAGAGGGUCCUCCAGUAAAUAUUGAAAUGUUUAUCUUCAAUACAACGACAGUUCAUUUGAAAUGGUCACCCCCAGAACCUCAUUUACAAAAUGGGCUAAUUGCUGGUUACAAUGUUUUGGUGAAUUGGUUGGACUUGCCCGCCAACAAAUCGAUGGUAGCCAUAAACACGACAGUACAUCAAGCUACGAGCCUCAUAAUGACGAACUUAACUUCCGGAGUCAGUUAUUCGGUUCAAAUUGCCGCUGAAACCGUUGUGGGGAUGGGCCCAUUUAGUCAAAAGGUGUACUUGAAUAUCGACUCCCGUUCUAUUGGAUUGGAUCCUUUAUCAAGGUAUCCCGUUAAUGGAGAAGUGUCUAUCGUAGCGGGCGACUUCGUAAUGGAAACAUGGUUUUACGUUUUGAUUGGAGCGAUCGUUCUGUUCAAAGUAAUUGUGAUUGGCGGAAUUAUUUACAUCAGAAAGCACAACAUUUUCGCCAAAAAGUCGUCCGCUCUUCCAAAUAUAUACGAUUCAAACGGAACGAGCUUAGUUACACAAAUGAAUAUAAAAGCCGCAGUUUCCUUGUCUCACCCGCUCACCAGUUGCUAUAAUAAGAACACUGUAACAAAAACAGAGUCAUUGCUUUGGAUGGAGAAUCAGCCUGGAUUAUGUAUGACGGGUACUCAAAUUAAUCAGAACAAGCAAAAGAUGAAUUCUGAAUAUGAUAAAGUUGCGCAGCAGUUACCUGAAUACGCAGAAGUGACGUCAUCUAAAAUCAUGGGCAAUGAAUGGAACACUAGCAAGACGGCCACCUCCCCAGCGGCGUACGCGUCAGUCACGCUUGUUGCAAAUACGAGACAGUGUGUCAGUUCAUUGGGCUGGUUUCCGCCAGGUGGCAAAAAUAUAGAAAACUUCGAUAACCGAUAUGCGCCAGAUGAAGAACUUUAUCCAGCCAGCAAUGGAGGUUAUUAUAAUAGAAAUGUGUACAGCGAAAAAUACUUCCAAGGUCAUCCAAACGUAUUGAAGUUCUACGAUUUACCAUCAAUGGAUAAAACGCAGAAAGCCCAACUACGUUACAACCAGAGCUUAGAUGAUAGAAAGGGAGAUAAAAACCAAAAGUCUGAAGUUACACAGUCACUCAUCGGUCGUACCUACGUCAGCUCUAGGAAAAAUUCAGAAACUGAAACUACUUACAGAGCAUUUGGAGGGGAUGAGUCAGAUGACGAGUCAUAUCCCGAAGACGGUGGUUAUGAUGAGCUGCAAGCAAUGCAGUCUCAGAGACAAAGACCUCAGCAUCAGUACGAGAGACCUAAUUUUGACAACGAGAGUACCAGGACGCUGGCUCGUCUGACAUCGUUCCGUCACGGCCAAGCCUCGACGAACGGCAUAUCGCAGAACUCGCUUGCGCCAGCGCACCCUCCUCUGCCUCCGCACCCGCGGGCGGACUCCGUGACCCGGUAGUAUCACGCCCUGCCGGUUUUCGGCGACUUGUGCCAAACGGACGUGUAGACCGACUUUAAAUUAAGUGUAGUGAUUCCACUAAGAGAGAUCGCAUUCUUCCUAAUGGUGUACAGACUGUUUAAAAAGCAUUUUGAAAUGUUUUGUACCUAAGUGUUUGGUAAUUUGUCAUGAAUGUUUUAAGGCGAAUAGUGUUAAGAACUUAUGAACGUAUACUAUCGAGAUUGGCCUACUAAAUAUUUCGACUGCCUAAUUUUACAACGCAGAAUCCAUAGCUGCGUAUUUUCGAGAGUUUAUAUUAAUUUAAAGUAGUUAUUUUAUAAAUUAUAAACUACGCCUAGUCGUUUGUAAAUAAUAAAUACAAUUGUAAAUAAUGUAUAUAAUAUUAUACUAUGUGUAUUUAGUUAGCACGAGAGAUCUAAUAUACUUCGAUGAUAACACGUUAAGCCUACACAUCAUCAGUUGAGAACCAACCCAUUUCACUAACAACUACUUAAACCAGACUCAAAUCUCAGUAGGUACUAAUUUCGUACCAAGAUACGAGGGUUCUAAGAACAGUGACACUAUGAAUACUAACUACUAAAAGUUUUUGGUUUUCAACUGAUGGCAUUAUAUUUAACCCACGGCGCGAUUCGGGAAAUGAAUUAGAGAUGCACUAGAUAAGAUAUAGUAAAGAUAUAUGACGUUCCACGGCGAAAGGUACCAUUACCCCGACUGAGUAUUGGAGCGGCGUUAAUAAUAAGCGUAAGCGCCAGCUGCCAUAAGGUACCUUUUGCGGUGGAACGUCACAUAUCUUUACUAUUUCAUAUCUAGUGAAUGUCUAACGGCGCGAUAUCUUAAAGUUCGAAUCGCGCCGCCAGUCAAAUUAAGGGUUCCACCUCGGAAUGAGAAAUAAGAAGCUGAAAACUCGUAUACACUUUCAUUACGGCGUUAAAAGUUGCUAUCUAGGCUAGAAUUGUAGAUCAUAAAAUAUUACGACAACUUAUCUUCCGACCAUUUUUUCAUGCGCUCAAGCGUUCUCAAGAUAGAGGGCGCAGAACGCGCGGCGGUCAGCCAUGCGUACUACGCGCACACGAGAUAUUCAAUGGAUUUAUGGCAACUUUGAAUACGUCAUAAUGAACGUGACACCUAUACGAAUUUGUAGCUUAUUAUCUCUCAUUACGAAGUGGACCCCACUUUUAGGCUAAGAUGACUGGGAGAAUAAAAUUUUACAGAUGUAGCAUACUUAAUUAUUUUCCUUCGUAUUUUCUCGGAAACGUUCGUAUUUGUCAUGUAACUUCAGUCAACAUCAGUCAUUUUUGUACCGAGACUGACUGAAAUAGCAAGACGCGAUCGUACGUUUCCGUGAAAAUACGAAGGAAAAUUCUGCAUUCGAUCUAUUGAACUUUUAUAGUGAUUGUGUUAUCGGAAUUGAUAUUAUUCAAUUGAUAUGUCUGUUUGAAUAUCAAUAAACGAAUUUGUACCCACGAUAUCAUUAGUUUAAGCAUUAUUUAGAAUCAGAAUACAAAAAUAUCGCUUGGCAAUAACUUGAAGUAACGUUGAUAUAUUGUAGGAAAUAUACUGUUAAUGAUGAGUCCGCUAAUAUAAUACACAUGUAGAUUUUCUUUCCAUAAAAAUCUAAACAUCUAGAAACUCUACGUUUUAUUUUGUUGUAGCCUAUUUAAAAUGACACAUUAAUUUGAUUUAAAAUGUGCAGUAAGUUUAACAAGUUAAUUUUAAUACCUCUAUUAGUUAUAAAACUUGUGCCAUAAAAAGUUUUGUAAUAUAAAAUUACCUUAAAGAAACAUUGGAGUUGUGAAAUAAAAUUCAAAUGAAGCUUUUAACAAAAGUAAAGAUGAUAAUCUACGUAAAUUAUGUGAUAUUCAUGAUUAUUACAUAUGUAUAAACAUUUUGUAAAAGUACAGUAUGCAACAAAGGUAAACAUAAUUAUCUACUCUGCGAAAGACUCUUUUCAGGAGCUGUGAUUCUCCUGAAAUAUAAUAUUCCAUAUAAUAUUUUUAUCUAAGUAAUUUAUUAUCAUAGUCCCCGACUCAAAAAUGACCCCGAGCGAUGGUAUUUACUUUUAUUGCAAACUGUUCUUAGCACAAGUAGUAUAUCUGCAUAUCAUUUGUAUUACUUAGUUGAACUAAUUGUUAAACAUGUUAUACUUAAAUAAGGACGUGUUCACAAUAACGAGAUGGCCCUGAUAUAAAAUAAAUAGGUCUAAGUUUAUAGGGUAGAGAUGUAGUGCAUAAUUAUUUUCCAUCGUAUUUUCGCGGAUAAAUUCCGAAGCCAACUAAAAGUCCUCACUCCUCUCUCUGUAACCUGCUUGAGGAGAGCUCUUUCUUUCUUUGGACACGUGGCGAGACGAGAAUCACACAACCUCGAGAAAAUCAUAAUGAUUGGCCGUGUCGAGGGAACAAGAAGUAGAGGCAGAGCUCCAACUCGCUGGACGGAUCCACUCCUGGAGGCAAUUAAUAGUGGCACACAGUCCGCACUUCUGCAGGCUCAGAACAGAGCAGCCUUGAGGCUUCUUAUAGACAGAGCUACUUAUGGUGGUCACGACCCUCAGCUGUGAGGAUAACGACGAAGAAGAAGAAGAAUUUUCGCGGAAACUUACGAACGUGUCUUGCUGUUUCAGUCGGUCUCGGUACAAAAAGUACUGACAAUUGACUGAACUUGCAUGACAAAUACGAACGUUUCCGCGAAAAUACUAUGAAAAAAAACCUUAUGCACUACAUCUGUAUUAAAUUUUUUCAUUCAAAUGCACAAUUCACUUUUCCACUUGUGAAAACGUCCUUACGUAUUCAAUUUGUAAAUAAAAAUGUAUAAAUAAAAAUAUCGCCUAGAUACAAGUAUUAUGACUCGAUACCUGUAUGUUCUUCUCUGUUACUAUUGCUCCAUUCAUAAGUGUACCUACUUAAAUAUUAUUUAAUACAACAAAUUAAAUAACCAAUGGAAUACGUGUAAGAAAGGGCAUAAUAAGAAGGGAUCUAAUAAGCACUAAGUAAAAUUAUUUUUAUGUGAAUGACCAUGCUUCAAUAACGAACGGUUUUGAAUUAUUUAAAAAUGUAUUAGAUUUUAUAUGUUCGUUUUUUUUUAAGAAACAUUUUAGGCUAUGUUUCAUGGUAUUUCACUUUUUACUUACUUGUUUAGAACGAAAUUACGAAAAAGAAAAUAACGUAUAAUCAUAAUGUCUAGUUAUGUGUUAUAUAGUAGCCCAUUGGUUAUUUAGUACAGUUGCCAUCAGAUAUAUCGGAGCAGCCAAGGUGUUCACAAAUAUCUGAACACGCCUCUAUUGUCAAGAUAUUAGAG